UGUUCAAAUGACUUCUGUUCGCAAUCUAGAUUGUCAAUGUAUGCUCCAUGUAACUAUGCAUGGAAUUAUUUGUAAAGUAGUAUUUUGUCUUUACCCAUCAACCCAGAACUAUUCUUGUGGCUUUUUUCAAAGGUAUAAAGAAAUCUCUACACCAUUUACAAUUUGCGUUUGAAUAGUGAAGGGGUGGGGGAGGGUGGAAAUGUACACUAAGAAUUCCAAUGUGCAAGCAUAUCACCUUGAGUGUCUGACAAUGUAAUUCAGUUACUACACCUCAAUAUUUAAAUGUAUGUAAUGUAUGUAACGAGAUUAUAUAAAAGGUGUAACAAGUGGCGUCCAGCUACAAAAUAAGUAAGAACAUUAAACAAGUUUUGGAAGGAAUUUUGAACUUGUUGGGGGGGAGGCUGGUCGUGAAAUGGUUAAUGGAAUGUUUGGAAUGAGCUUGUUACCUUGUAACCAAGGAGAGUACCACAGAAGCCACUACAAAACAAACUGGCAGCCUGGGUAGCUAGAGAAACUUAAGUGUAGACAGAUUUCAGGUUGAUUUUGACUAUUUCGAACAUUUAAUGACUUUAUAGUCGAGCAUUUUACACUGUAAAUCACAAACGUUAGCUGAACUAGCUAGCUACGCGUUCAAACCGCAUGAAAUAAGUGGAACCAGGUGAAGGUUGAGGCAAUAAUAUAUUUGCGAUACUACUUUCACGAUAGUUUUGCCUCAUGUCGUGACUUCUCCGCUUGAAGUGUAUAUUUCAUAUUGAUCACAAUGUCCACCGGGAUUCAUCAUGCCACAAAUCAAAGCAUCAAGCCCUUCAAGUCUAGCGAAGAGUACCUGUAUGCGAUGAAGGAGGAUUUGGCAGAAUGGUUGAGAGAUUUGUACGAGAUCGAUAUUGACGUGAACAACAUACUGGAGGCGCUCGAGACGGGCGCGGUCCUCUGUUCCCACGCCAAUAAUGUCACACGAGUGGCGGGAGAGUUCAUUCAAAAGUACGGGAUGGUGCGACAGGUCCAGCUGCCAACGAACGGUGUCACGUUCGUAAAUUCGGCCCAACCUGCAACUUUCCUGGCCCGGGACAACAUCUCAAAUUUCAUCAGUUGGUGUCGAAAGCAUAUGGAUAUUAAAGAUGUGCUCAUGUUUGAGACAGAUGACCUAGUGCUGCGGAAAAAUGAGAAGAACUUUGUGCUGUGUCUGCUGGAAGUAGCCCGGCGGGCCUCUCGUUUCGGCAUGGUCGCCCCCGUGUUGAUCCAGUUGGAGCAAGAGAUCGAGGAGGAGAUCAGAGAGGAGCUGGAGUUGCCCCUGGAAAAGACCCCGCCACUAGCCAAACCCCAGCGGCGCACCUCCAACACUCAAAACCUGGAUGAGAUGGUCCAGUGCCUCAUUAGCCGCUGCACCUGCCCCACACAGUUUCCCAUGUUCAAAGUGUCCGAGGGCAAAUACAGGGUGGGGGACUCCAGCACACUCAUAUUUGUUCGGAUCCUGCGUAAUCAUGUGAUGGUGCGAGUGGGUGGAGGUUGGGACACCCUGGAGCACUAUCUGGACAAGCAUGACCCCUGUCGCUGCACCUCUAUCACCCAUAAGCUGGCCCAGCGCCCGGGCACGCCGGUCCACGAGAUCAAAGGCAGGUUGCCGGGGCGCCCAGACGGCCAGGGUCCAACCAUGCCUACCAUGCUGAUCAUGAGUCGCCACGCCCAGACCCCCUUCCAGCCCGUCCUCUGGACCCCCUCCGAAGCCCCCUCCAUCUACUCCCCCAGGGGCCUGAGGCCAGCCAGGACAAGGGGUUCCCUAUCACCAGACACAGGGCUCAGAGCCUCUUGCUCCCCUAACAGAUCGUCCCUCUCUCCUGACCCAGGCCCCCGGUUCUCCAGGGAGAUGAAGACUACCUUUUCCAACAGACUGCGACAGAGUGCUUCCACACCCACUCUCCAGCACCACCAGUCUGGGCGUAAUGAUGACUCAGCACUCAACUCUUCCAUGAGGACAGGCAGAGAGGCCACACGCUCGUCCCAUGCCCCCCGCUUCACCAGCAGCCUGCCUCGGUACAUCCAACACUCCUCCACACCUCAGCCCAAGACUAAGCCCCAGGCUCAGAGGCCUAGAACCCCCCUGGUCUUCCACAGGUCCCCUGGGCAGCAAUCCUCCCUGCCCCAGCCCAGCCCAGAAAACGGGCUUACUCAAACCUGGACGAAGUCUCAGUUUGCCUCUAAGCUCAGGCAGAGCUCCAUGUUGGGUGGCAACAGCACAGAACCCUCAACCAGUACUGCCCCCCAGAGGAAUGGAGGAUCCAACACGGUAAGAGCUGCUACACCCGCCAGAUAUACCCCUGUCUGCCCCAGACAACCCACCAUCACUAUCCAGCAACCUGAAAACAUUGAUACUCUUCAAAAGAGCCCCGAUUUAAUUCGCACCUUCUGUCCAGCCAAAAACUUCUGGGAAGAAUCAUCUGGGGAAUGCCAAAUCAGGCCUUUCACACCCAUUGGAGGAAACCUGAGGGAUCCAAAUAAGACACCGACCCCUUAUGACAUCACAACCAACCCUUCACACAGCGAAUCCAACCAUGAGAGAUUGCAGGGCAUGACAAGACAGACUGCAUUUGGCUUUCCUGUCAAUGACAAGGCUUCUCACAAAAGCACUGUGGUGAGCCUUGAAGAGCCUGAGCAUCCAGAACUAUGUGGCAAAGUCUUUGUGGCAGGAGACAGAGCGAUAGACAAUGCUUACCUGUUUACUCCGCCCCCCAUCAGCCCAGCCCAGGAGGCCAGUCUGUACCAGAGUCUGGAGCACGAGAUCCUGUCCAACCUCCAGCAGCUCCGCGUCAACUCAGAUGACAGAAAACGCAAGCAAAACGGUCAAUACCAACCAUCUCAGAAUAUCGCUGAGAACGAUUAUGGUGGAUUCAGUACAGUUCUAGUUGGGUUCGAACCAUCUCCACAUACCUCAGCCUCUUAUGCCACACAUCCAGUUGAGGCCAGCUUUGAUGCAGUCAUCACUGAGCUCUCCAAAGGGAAUAGGCUGCUGGAAAAGGUGUGUGUGGAGAGCUGGGUGAAAACACUCUCUGGUAGCCCAACAGCUAGGGAGACUUGCAGCAACACAGAGGUGGUGAACUCCAGCUUAAACCUCAAAGUGGCCAAAGCCUGUGUAACCAGCUCCUGGUCCUCUAUGGGCUCCGGUGUCGAGUCCAAAGAGCUGCCUGCUGAUUCUACUUUCUCACCGGACUCUGGGAAUGGAGUAAGCAUUAACAUAAGGCGCAGGGUGACAGACGCCAAUUCACUUGUAGUGAACCCCAGAGCCACUACCAUAACAGGUCCUGAUAGCCUGUUGAACCCAAGCAAUGGGUCUUUCAGGCAGAAGAGAACCUUGAAGAAACCAGAGAGUGUGCCCUCCAUCUACAAGCUGAAGCUCCGGCCAAGGCACGACUACAGACCAGGUAAGAAGCCCUCGCGAAUCCCCACCCCAAUCUCCUACAAAGAGGGUCACCUGCGGGGUACCCUGGAGGGUCCAGAAGGGACACACACACCUAGACGAGCAUCACACACCUCCCUCAGGCAGGCAGACAGGGUUCCACAGAAAUGUAUCAGAGCUACAGGCAGCAUGGCUACAAAGCCACAGUGAGGCUAAGGUAGUGGCAAAUGCUUCAAUCGGUGACAGCAGAGGACCCAGAGCAGAGUCCCGAGUCUAAUCCCUUACAUUUCGCUUCCAUAGCAAAUUGCAGUACUCAAGGGAAAAAUACUCUAUUUGGAUGGUAAUGUACAGGUACUGUACUACAUUUAUUUUUGGUUAAAGCUGAAUUAAUGCAUCAGACCACACAAAGUAGUGGUGAAAGAUUAUCUGCAUUCAGUGGCGCGUUCGCCUCAACAAAUAAAGGUUUUCAACUAUAAUGCUCA